GGCCGAUAGUACACCGCGUUUUACGCUUGCAGCGCUGCUUCAGCAAUGCGCAUUUCGCCGUGAACGAUAUAAAACGUAGAUAACGAAUAACGCCCACAAGAGCCUGUGACGCUUUGUUGCAUGCCUAGCACAGUGGUUCACGAGACGCAGGUCACGGCAAUUGUCGCAGAAAUGCAAGGUGGUGGCGAAAGCUCGGCGGUGGACGCGCGUUACCACAAGUGGUGCGUUGUUCCCGCCGGGGAACACAUUGCGGCAUUAAGCGUGCGCGACGCAGUUUCGUCGGGGAGUGGCGACUGUCCCAGGUACGACGCGCCCUGCGAGGUCGGCCACUACUCUCUGCUAGGCGAAGGGGAAGAGUUCGAGUACGUCGAUGGUGCAGCUGCAAAGAGGUACCUGCGCACUCCGAUCCCGUCGGAACCCAUGCUAAACCUGAACACCGGAUACGCGAAGGCAGUGCGGAUAAGCAGGAUAAGCGUGGCACCGAGAGAAAGUGUCUUGCGCUGGGUGAUUCUCAACAAAGACAAGGUGGUGAAGUGCUCAGCUAACGAGGAGGCGCCGUCGUCGGGGCCAGAAACGAAGAGUGUAUCGACGGAUUUUAUCUGCCACCGGAGGUGCUUGACAGUCCCCAUGUGCACGCCUUUCAACGAGGAAAAUUCCUGGCGGAUGACGGCGUGCCGACACCGAGGCAUUGUGUACAUCCAUGACCAUCCUACAAAGGAUGAAAUUGAUGAAUAUAUCAAGGAGAGGAGCAUCAAGAACCUGGACCGUAUGAUGUACUGGGGGGUCAAGUUCCACCGCAUCAUGACCACACCCGAGCCAGGGGUUGGCCCCGAGGAAGACGAGCUGGUCAGGGAAGGAGAUACGUACAACGCCGUCCUCCGCGGCCAGCUUGGGUCGCACUCGUUGCUGAUGGCCACAGAAGUGAAAGCUGUGGACCCCUCUGUUAAAUGCGAGUCGGAUUCCACGGCUGGCUACGUGGAGUUUAAGACGAACCGCAAGUGUUCCACUGCUUGGCAUCACUCCAAAUUCUGCAAGCACAAGCUGCUCAGCUGGUGGGCCCAGUCCCGCCUAGCAGGCGUCCCGAGGGCGCUGUGCGGUUUCCGCGAUGACGAAGGCUGGCUGGUGGACAUCAAGGAAUUCGACGUCAUGACGAUGCCAGACAAGGCCGAGGGACAGUGGUCGGAAGACGUGUGCAUGCGAUUCUGUGACCGGCUGCUUUCCUUUAUCAAAGAGCACGUUAAAGGAGAUGACGGGAGGACUGUCUACUUCUUCGAGUAUGUGCCGUCGUCCCGCGAGAUUACCUGCACACGCCUGACAGAUCCCGGGAAGCUGUAUGCUUUGCCAGAUUGGUUUCUGGAGGCGUUCGAAGGCUGCUGAAAUGUUCAAUCCCUCGCAGCGCAUAUGAUGCGUUUUCGACAGUAGCGGCGCCUAUACUAAACACUUAUACCUACUUGAAAAAGAACUUCAUUGUACCGCUACACUCCAUAACAGCUUCCUGUAGAUUUUGUAUGAAACGAUGACUGCUUCUGAUUUCUCAAAAAAGUAAACUAUUUUCUCCAUAAUUCGUUAUUUUUAACGAAGUGUUCUCUUUUUUUUCAAUGUUCCGAAGUUCAUAGCAAUAAAGUGGCAACUCGGUCGCGAGCGCCCUGAGAAGAGCCCAUGAGUCUAUUAACUACGGUAUAAUGUGUAGGCAUA